ACUGCAACAAGAUAGAACACGUAUCUGUGUGUGUACAAAAUUGAGUUAAAUUUGUUUGCGAAACCUAUAGUGCGCUGUUUAUUCUCUGGGCUGUGUGUUGAAAGAGUUGUUUGCAAUUCGGCAUGAUGCUUUGGUGAAAGAAACUCUAACUAGAAUUUAGUUUAAGCUGCUACAAGCCAGCUUGGACUCUACGCAAGACGGCAUCCUUGUCAUGACCGAGGAGAACCGAAAAGCUCUUUUUGAGCUGCGGAAUAUCCCAACAAACAAUGUUUGUGCUGAUUGCAAGACAGCAGAACCAGAAUGGGCCUCCGCAAAUUUGGGGAUAUUUGUCUGCAUAAAAUGCAGCGGUGUUCAUCGAUGUUUGGGAACAAAUUAUUCUGUAGUCAAGAGUUUAAUUCUUGAUUCUUGGACAGAUGAGAAAUUACGUAGCAUGAUAGAGAAAGGUAAUGAAUUUUCCAAUAAAAUCUGGGAAAAGCAAGUCCCAGUGUGCUACAGAAGACCUUCCAAAGACUCUCCACAUGUUUUGAGAGAGCAAUGGAUUAGGUCGAAAUAUGAGAGGAUGGAGUUCAUUGAAGGGGCACCAACACCCUCGUAUUUGAUGGGUGAAAAGGAAGGGAUACUGUGGAAAAGGGAGAAGGAUCAAAAUAACUGGAAUCAGAGAAAAUUCAUUCUUUCAACCAAAACAAAUUCCUUUGCCUACUACAUUAAGACCAGUGAUCCACAUCCCAAGGACCGUUGGCUGCUCAGUAAGAUUAAUGCCAUCUUUGCUGACGAGAAGACGGACAGACCAAAUUGCCUGCAGAUUAUGAAUACAAUUGAUGGCAAAACGCGCAAUUUAUUUGUUUCGACUGAUACAGGCCAGGAAAUUGUCGAAUGGUACAUGGCCAUUCGUUUCGCAAAGCUGAAGAUGUUGAAGGAGAGCGAUCCUAGUCGUGAUGAAAGCGAAUUAGCGGAGGAAACAACCAAAGAUUUCACCCACGAGGGGAAAGUUUGGAAGAGAGGCCCACGCGAUAGCAAAUCCUGGAAAGAUCGAUGGAUGACCGUGGAUGGAAGAAGAGUGACUUACUCUAAGGAACCAACGGAUGCAUUCGCAAAAGGGGAGAUCGUUUUGGGCACAAAAGAUGAAGGAUAUGAAGUGACGUCAGGUUUCACGGCGAAGCAGCCACCAACUGGAUAUGGCUUUGAGAUUAGCACUCCAAGUCGCGUGUACGAGUUCAGCGCGGCGUCCGAGGAGGAACGGGACGAGUGGACGAAAGUUUUAAAUGGCAUCAUUUCUAUGUCUUUAACUCCUGUUGAAAGGAAAGCGUUAACUUUGAACAUGGAUCUUGCAAAACAGAAGUCGCAGGGCAAAUCCCUGCCAAGGAAGUUGUCAAUCAAAGCAGGGCUGACUUGAGACGGGGGGAGGAACUGAAAGAGGACAUAAUUAUACCCAGGUGAUCUGAAUACACGGGAAAGGACUGGGACAAGUUGUCAAAUAUAAAUUCAUUUCUAAACCUAGUGUCUCUUGAAAUAUACUACAUUUUUCGUUUUAAAAUAAUGUCAGAGCUAGUGGUGGUAGUGAAUAGUUCUCAUAACUAAGCGUAUAAUUACAAAAUCUCAGCUAGUUUCAUAAGGAUGUAGUAGUUGCAGGACCCCACUGAAAAACACUAUAAGGUGAUGUGGGUAUCCUGGUUAAAUAUAAUAAUAAUGUAAAUCAUAAAUAUACUUCAGCAACUAAUUAACUCGUUCACACAUAUCAAAAGAGGAAAAUCGCACAAUCGCAGCAAAAAUCGCAAAUGUAAACGGGCCUUAAAGUUAUUCGUAAAGACAUAACUACCAAAAAAGGUGUAAUCCGUUCAGAGUUGCAAAACGAGUUCAACCUUCCUCCGCUAGGAUUUCAAGUUUUCAAAACCUUCCUCAAAAUGACGUUACGUCACUGAGUCAAGUGAGAACCAGCAUGAAAAAAUAUUUGGUUUUUUGGUACAUGCAUGUGAUCAAUUAGAGUGUUCAACUUUGAACCUUCCUCACA